CCGAUCCUUGCAUUCUGUCACAAGUCGAUUUUGUGGCAUUCAACUACAUCGCAAUGGCGAAGCUUAAAGUUGUUAACAUUGUUUUCUUUCUGUUAUUGGGUAUAGGAAUAUGUUCAGCUGCUAGAACACUCCUCACUUAUGAUCAUGUAGGUGUUGGAGGUGAGGUAGGCGCCUAUGGUGCAGGCCAUGGCAUUGGUGGCGGCGCUGGGGGUGGUGUUGCUGCUGGAGGCUAUGCUGGUGGUGGUGGAGGAGGUUCCGGUGGAGGUGGUGGAUAUGGAGCUGCAGGUGACCAUGGUUAUGCCAGUGGAGGUGGUAGUGGAGGCGGAGACGGUGGUGGUUCUGGCUAUGCCGCUGGAGGAGAGCAUGAUGCUGGUUAUGCUGGAGGAGGUGGUGGUGGAAGCGGGGCAGGAGGUGGCUAUGCUGGACAUGCAAGUGCUGGUGGUGAAGGUGGUGGUAGCGGAUAUGGUGCUGGAGGAGCACCGGGUGGUGGUUAUGGUGCUGGAGGUGGUGGAGGUAGUGGUGGCGGUGGAGCAGCUGCAGGUGGAGCACAUGGUGGUGGAUAUGCUGAAGGCGCAGGAGGAGGCAGUGGUGGCGGCUAUGGUGCUGGUGGGGCACCAGGAGGUGGAUAUGGUGGUGGAGGUGGGCAUGCAGGUGGUGGCGGUGGUGCUUAUGCUGGAGGAGCAGCAGCUGGUGGAUACGGUAGUGGAGGAGGAGCCGGUGGUGGUGCAGGAGGAGCAUAUGGAGGCGGUGGUGGCGGUAGUGGUGCCGGUGGAGGUGGAGCCUACGCUGGAGGAGGUGAGCAUGCUGGUGGAUAUGGAGGAGGUGCUGGAGGUGGUGAAGGUGGUGGACACGGUGGUGGCUACGCCCCUUGAUUGCUCAUUCUAAUCACCAUUUGAAAUCUAAAAAUUUCCCUAUUCUUGCCUACACUACUAAAAAAUAAUGCAAUCAAACUGUGGUGGGAAGAUGAUAUAUCGUGAAGGCAAAAGAAUUGCAGCAAAGAAAUGCUGCACCUUAAGUGUAUUAUCGUUUUCUUUAAUAGCAAAUUAAGGUAUGAUGCUUGCAUUUUAAGUAUUAAUUAAAGUGGUCAGCAAAUUUCUGUACUCUAUAUGUUGCAUGCAUGCAAUAAUAGGCAAUAUUGGUUUGGGCA